AUGGUCCCCGCCCCAGACACCAACAACAAGGGGUUCAUUGAGAUCCACACGCCCAAGAUCCAGGGCGCGGCGACAGAGUCCGGCGCAAGCGUCUUCAAGCUGGGCUACUUCGAGCGGAACGCCUUCCUGGCCCAGUCGCCCCAGCUGGCCAAGCAGAUGGCCAUUGCCGCUGACUUCGAGCGCGUCUACGAGAUUGGCCCCAUCUUUUGGGCCGAGAACUCAAACACCUAUCUUCACAUAAGUUGA